AUGGCAGAAGAAAAUGAGACUCUAGUGACAGAGUUUGUGCAUGGACUUACGGAUCGUCCAGAGCUGCAGGUCCCCCUGUUCCUGGUGUUCUUGGUGAUCCACCUCACCACCAUGGUGGGAAACCUUGGGCUGACUGCCCUCAUCCGAAAGGACCCCUAUCUUCACAGGCCCGUGUACUUAUUCCUUUGCAAUUUAGCCUUUGCAGAUUCUUACACUUCAUCCUCUGUGACUCCUAAGAUGCUUAUGAAUUUUUUAUCCAAGAAUCAUGUCAUUUCCAUUUGUGACUGUAUAGCUCAAUUAUAUUUUUUUGGUUCCAGUGCAACCACAGAAUGUUUCCUCCUGUUAGUGAUGGCAUAUGACCGCUAUGUUGCCAUAUGCAACCCCUUGCUUUAUCCGGUGGUGAAGUCCAAUAGCCUCUGUACUCAACUCAUAGGUGUUUCAUAUGUUAUUGGUUUUCUGCAUUCCAUAAUACAUGUGACUUUGUUAUUUAGAUUAACUUUCUGCAGAUCCAAUAUAAUACAAUAUUUCUACCGUGAAAUUUUACAAUUGUUCAAAAUUUCUUGCACUGAUCCUAUAAUUAAUACAUUUCUGAUUUUAAUUUUUUCAGCAUUUAUACAAAUAUCCAUUUUAAUGACCAUCGUAAUCUCUUAUACUUGUGUGCUCUUCGACAUCCUGAAAAAAAAAUCUGAAAAGAGCAGAAGCAAAGCCUUCUUCAUGUGCACUGCCCAUCUGCUCUCUGUCUCGUUGUACUAUGGCACUCUCAUCUUCACAUAUGUGCGCCCUGCAUCUGGCCUAGCUGAAGAUCAGGACAAAAUAUCCUCUCUGUUGUACACGAUUCUAAUUCCUCUGAUAAACCCCUUUAUUUACAGUUUGAGAAAUAAAGAAGUUAUAGGUGCCUUGAAGAGAGUUACAAAGAAGUAAAUAGCUCCCAAGGGAAAUUCCAAAUUGUGUCUCUUCUCAUCCUUUGCAUAAGCAAG